AUGAGAAGAUUCAUUACCGCUUCCCUCAUCUUGGGGGCAAGUGUCGUGCAAUGCGCCGUCAACCUUGACGGCGCCAGGGUCGUCGCACCCGUGGGCGAAGAUGACCCCUCGCCCAUCGCCGACAUCAAGACAUACGAACCAGAUCAACACGACUGCCCACUCCCUUGUGCCCACCUUGACAAUGUGCACACUUGGGUCACCUACCUCUCCGUCGACCGGCUCCGGCGAUGCCAAAAGUCCAUGCUGUUGCAGCUCUCGCCCACGCAGCGGCUGAGCGGAGGCGUGCUCAUCCGUGCCUGCACGUUUGGCGGCGCCAGCGGCGGGGAGCCCAUCAUCACACCAAACAACAUCAACUUGACCUAUGCGACCACCGAGGCUGCCAAGGUGGCCAACGAGACGGCCGCCAAUAUGGGGAACCCGAAAAAGUCCGACACGCUGUUCCAGCCUUCUCUGAACCGGGCCCCGGCGUGCGACGUGCUUCCGGGCGGGGAGGUCAUGAAGACUCUCCCGGUUGCAACCACAAGCAGCGCCGACGGCGACGGAGCCGAUAACGUGGGCGAUGCGACGCGUCUGCUCGAGGCCAUGGGUGUCUACUUCAACACAACCGACAACUGCGACGAGUCGUUCCUGUUCGGCUACCACAAGCAGACUGUCGCGGGCAUCUAUAUCGGGGCUGGCCUGGGCAAGGUCACCGUUGGUGCGGCCAUCGAUGCUCUCGCCGGACGGCUGCAGGGUGACGGCCGCGUGCCCAACCGCUUAGUGACGCAGCUCUGCGAGACGAACAAGCCAUCAUCAGGCGUAUUUGGUGUCGUCUUGGAUAACAUGGGCGACCUCGCCGCCGUCCAACAGACGGCCGCAGACUGGCACGCCGGAAAGUGCGCCGCUGGUGACAGCCUUGUGCCGUCGGGCGAGCUGAAGGUGGCCGUCUUGGACAUUGUCCAAUUCCACAACAGCAACGGCACUCUGAGCAACGGAACAUUGUUCAGCAAUUCCACAGUGACCAGAAGAAGCACAGCAAUCCUGCCGCGCCAGAAUAAGCUACAGGGGCGCGACUUUUGCUCCUACAUUCAGGUGCUGGGCGGCGACACAUGCACAUCCCUCGCGUCCCGGUGCGGCAUUAGGGGCUCCCAAUUCACCACGUACAACCCAAAGAUAGACUGCACGAACCCAAAUGCCUUGCAGCCGAACCAGUACGUCUGCUGCUCGGCCGGCGAUCCGGGAGGCUGGAAACCAGCGCCAGGUGACGACGGGACGUGUGCGACGCAUCUCAUCGCUGCAGGCGACACCUGUAGCUCGCUGGGCCUUCAAUACGGCUUGACAGAGGAGGAGAUCGAAGGUUUCAACAAAGGCAAGACGUGGGCGUGGACCCAGUGCAAGGACAUGCUCAUCGACUACAACAUGUGUCUCAGCUCCGGCAACCCGCCUCUGCCGCCGCCGCAAGAGGGAGCGCAGUGCGGGCCGCUUGUGCCGGGGACAACCCAGCCAACAGACGGCACAUCCAUGGUCGACCUGAAUCCUUGUCCGCUCAAGGCGUGCUGCAGCAACUGGGGAUUCUGCGGACCAUUCCCGGAGCACUGCGACAUUCACGCGCCCGAGGGAGGUGGCCCGGGGACCAAGCUGCCCGGCUUCCAGAGCACGUGCAUCUCCAACUGCGGCAACGAGAUCAAGCAGAACUCCGGGCCGCCGGUCACCUUCUCGCGCGUUGGUUAUUAUGAAUCGUGGAACAUGGGUCGAGACUGUCUUUGGCUGCGUUCCGAAAAGGCCAACACAGACGGCACCUACACCCACAUGCACUGGGGCUUCGCCGAGAUCGACCCAAACACUUGGAAGCCCGUCAUCACUGACCCGCACGGCCAGUGGGACGCGUUCAAGAAGCUUGAGCUGAAGCGCAUCGUGUCGUUCGGCGGCUGGGCCUACUCGACCGAGCCGGCGACGUACAACAUCAUCCGGCAGGCCAUCAUCGACAACCGCGAGACUUUUGCGACGAACCUUGCCCAGUUCGCCAAGGAUGAGGGUAUCGACGGCAUCGACAUUGACUGGGAGUACCCUGGCGCCCCUGACAUCAUGGUCGAUGGGAAGCCGAUCGGGCAGACCGGAGACGGCGUGGCGUACCUGCGGUUCCUGACCUCCCUCAAGCAGAAGCUGGGCACCGACAAGUCGGUCUCCAUCGCGGCGCCUGCGUCCUACUGGUAUCUGAAGGCCUUCCCCAUCGACCGCAUCUCGGCCGUGAUUGACUACAUUGUGUACAUGACGUACGACCUGCACGGCCAGUGGGAUUAUGGCAAUGUCAACGCCUUCGACUCGUGCCCGUCCGGUAAGUGCAUCCGAAGCCACGUCAACCUGACUGAGACGCGCAACACGCUGUCCAUCAUCACCAAGGCGGGCGUCGCGAACAACAAGGUCAUGGUGGGCGAGUCCAGCUACGGCCGCUCGUUCCACAUGGCCGUCGACGGCUGUUGGGGCCCCUUGUGCGAUUUCACGGGGACACGCAUCGAGUCGGACGCGAACCCCGGGAGAUGUACCGCGACCAAGGGAUACAUCUCUAAUGCCGAGAUUAAUGAGCUCAUCACGCAGGGGUCGUACUCGGAGCUGUUCCAUGAUGGCGACUCCAACACCGACGUCCUGCUGUACAAAGGCGACUAUGUUAGUUACAUGACGCCCGCGACGAAGCUUACAAGGCGCGAUGACUGGAAGGCGCUGAACUUUGGCGGAAGCAUAGAUUGGGCCGUCGACCUGCAGACGUUUGGUGACGAUGACAUGAAGGUGCCGAUUGACCGCGGCGGCGACACGGGCGACGAGGGCUGCGUGUCGGGCGAGGACAAGACGGCAAACUCGGGCGACCUGUGCGAGUUUACCUGUUCCCUAGGCCUCUGCCCGGAGUCGCUGUGUGAAUGCGUGACGAGGGGCGAGAUGCUGCCGAUUCCGCCGGAGAACCCGGUCGAGGGAGACAUCAUCGCGUGGGACGAGGUCGAUGUCGAUUUGAAUCGGUUGUGCCGCUUCGCGUGCUCGCACGGCUACUGCCCGUCCGAAGUGUGCACGACGGCUGUUGUCGACAAGGACGAGGACGACGGCAUCAUCGAGGUCGGCUGGAGCCCCGAGAACCCCAACUAUUUCAACUACACCGAGGCGCGACUGGCCAACGCCAACAGGUGCCUCAUCUACCAGAAUGCCCGACUGAGGGACGAGGCGCAGUUUCAAUGCUACUCGUACUGCAAGUCGGCGCUCGACGAGGCCAAGGACGAGGGUCGGACUUCCAAUUAUGGUUGCAUCGGCUUCUUCUCGACCAAGGAGUAUCCCGACGGCAUCCCGUGGGACAAGUACCCGGGCACUUCGUACUAUGUGGCGCCGGGCACAUGCUCGUGCGACAACAUGCUGAUCAACGAGAUCGCGGACACGGUGCUCGAGGCACUGCCCAUCAUCGCGCAGAUUGGGUGUUAUGUGCUCAUGUCGUCGCUGAAGCUGGUGCUGGACGUGGGCGCCAGCCUGAUCCCGGGCGUGGGCAAGAUCCUAGACGCUGGGCUCGACAUGGCGACGACGGCAGCGCAGAUGGCGGCGUAUCUGUAUCCCGAGGAGGAAGACCCCGAGGGCGCCUUCUCGUGGUGGCUCAGCCCGUGCGGCGGGACGGAGCUGGUGCCGGAGGAGAUCAAGGAGAUCUUUGGCAUUCUUAGUUCUGUGGCUGACGGCGUGUCGAGCUUCGUGAAACCCAAGGCGUCCAAGGGCAGCGGCAAGAAGGGCGACGAAGCAAACCCGACCGACCGGUCCAAACCGAAGGCGGGCACCGGCAGUGGCGCCAACGGGCUGGGCAAGACGCAGCCCGGAAGUGGUGGCAUCCGCAAGAAGUGCAAUGUGCCCAAGUCGCAGUCUACGCUGCGGCUGGGGGCGGCCAAGAACACGAUGCGCCGACAGUCGUGCGUGGCCUCCAAGACGCAGAAGGAAGAGCUCAUCAUCACGUCUCUGACGUACGGUGCCCGCGCGACACAAGUCCAGGCGACUUGUUCUGCUCAAUGGUCACAGGCGUGCUACCACUAUAGCAGUGUCAUUCGCAACAAUCAGGCGUGGGCGACCCUGACGUGUCCCCAAGCGGCUGCCACCACGGCCCAUAGACAAGACGCGCAGGCGACGGCGACCUGGAGCAGCCAGCAUCGUGGAUCCGGCUGGACACGCAAGUCCAACCGCCAGUGGGGCGCUUGCGACCGCGACGAGUACCCGCCCGCCUACCUGCUGGACGCCAGCAAUCCGGCCAUCGUCAACUCGGGUAUCGACCGAACCGGCCAGCUGGUGCGCUACAUCCCGGACAAGGACAACCGCAAGGCCGGGCAGAUGUGGAAGGGCGCCUGCUUCGCGAGCACCCUCAAGGAGUUGUCUGAUGCCAACUUUGACACUGCCGUCAGCCGGGCUCCGAACAGCGCCAAGUCGGUCACCCGCCCCAAGACCGGGCUGCUGCGCACGUAUGUGGGUGUCGGCGUCAACACGCACCCCGAGUUCACCAUCUCUUCGUAUGGCCACUCGGGCAAUCCUCCGGCGAACGAUGGUCUGAAUGACAACAAGUGCUGGCCCAGUGGCAUUGCUGCCCAAGACCCGGGCUUCGCUCUUCUAACGUACGAUCCCUACUACGACAACCACCAGAUGCCAUACAAGUACGAUCAGGCGUACGUGCAGGGCUCGAAUGGGUCAUGA